AUGUUGUCGCGAGGCUCCUCGAGGACGGCGGCGCAGCUCGCGCGCGCAGUCCCCCGCCGCCAGCAGGCCCGGUGCAUGGCGACGGUGCAGUCGGACCUGUUCAAGCCGGCCAAGUUUGGCGGCAAGUACACGGUGACGCUGAUCCCCGGCGACGGCAUCGGGGCCGAGGUGGCCGAGUCGGUCAAGACGGUCUUCAAGGCCGACAACGUGCCCGUCGAGUGGGAGGAGAUUGCCGUGUCCGGGCUCGACGAGGCCGGCUCCGGGCGCACCGACGAGGCCUUCCGCGAGAGCGUCGCCUCGCUCAAGCGCAACAAGCUCGGCCUCAAGGGCAUCCUGCACACGCCCAUCAGCCGCUCCGGCCACCAGAGCUUCAACGUGGCCAUGCGCCAGGAGCUCGACAUCUACGCCAGCAUCAGCCUCAUCAAGAACAUCCCCGGCUACGAGACGCGCCACCGCGACGUCGACCUGUGCAUCAUCCGCGAGAACACCGAGGGCGAGUACUCGGGCCUCGAGCACCAGAGCGUCCCCGGCGUCGUCGAGUCGCUCAAGAUCAUCACCCGCGCAAAGUCGGAGCGCAUCGCCCGCUUCGCCUUUGCCUUUGCCCUCGCCAACGGCCGCCAAAAGGUCACGUGCAUCCACAAGGCCAACAUCAUGAAGCUGGCCGACGGCCUCUUCCGCAACACCUUCCACGCCGUCGCCAAGGAGUACCCGACCCUCGACGUCAACGACAUGAUUGUCGACAACGCCUCCAUGCAGGCCGUCUCGCGGCCCCAGCAGUUUGACGUCAUGGUCAUGCCCAACCUGUACGGCGGCAUCCUGUCCAACAUUGGCGCCGCCCUCGUCGGCGGGCCCGGCAUCGUCCCCGGCUGCAACAUGGGCCGCGACGUCGCCGUCUUCGAGCCCGGCUGCCGCCACGUCGGCCUUGACAUCAAGGGCAAGGACCAGGCCAACCCGACGGCCAUGGUCCUCUCGGGCAGCAUGCUGCUGCGCCACCUGGGGCUCGACGACCACGCCAACCGUAUCUCCAAGGCCAUGUACGCCGUCGUUGCCGAGGGCAAGGUGCGCACGCGCGACAUGGGCGGCAACUCGACGACGCACGAGUUCACAAGGGCCAUUCUCGACAAGAUGGAGGCUCUGUAA